GACGGCAUGAUCUCGCCCGGAUUGAGCGAGUGACCUGCCGUAUCCCCGACCGGGCAUCGCAGCUCUCCUGACUGCUGACCGGCCACUGCUUACUGCCCAUCCCAAAGUUAGGGUUCCUUUUGCCCCGCCAAGAGGAUGUUUUCCAAGUACCUGAAAGGUGUUGCUAACGGAGGGAGGAGCAAUGGGAACCCCUCGGACUCGAACUCGAACUCGUCUAUCCAACCAUCAACCAUCGACCAUCUAGUCAUCUAGUCAUCGCAUGUCUAGUCAAGAGAGCGUGCUCUGUAUAAAGCGAUCAAUCAGUCUAGUCUUCGCAUAGAAAAUUAUCUUUAACUACUCGUAACACCCCAAAAACCCUAAUACUCUAUUUUUUUUUUUUUGAGUGCUGUUCUUUUUUUGCUCUAUAAAUAGUUCAAUUCUGGGCUGGAUACUCAUAGCUAUAAUAUAUCGUAACAUACAUAUGCCUAGGACUAAGCAUUAUAAGCGUUAAUUGUACGUACAACCCUCUCUCUCUCUAUAUAUGUAUGGUAUAUAUAUACUCGUGUAACGUUUGCAAUAAUUAACCAAUUGAAUAUUUAACGAAACGAGAGAGCAGAGAUUACAAAUGAAUUAUACAAUUUAGGACAACUGAUGAUGAUAAUGAAGAAAACCCCCAUGCAAUGUAAACAGAGAGCAUCACUUUAAACUUAAUUAAAUUACCUAAUUACUAACGAUAACGAACCUAUGCAUAACUAUUGAAUAAACCAAAAAGUGUACGACAAAGUGAGCCUCUAUUGGGGAUGUGACCCAAUGGAGAAAGGAUGAGGAUGAUCAGUGUGUUUCGUAACCAUAUGGCAGGAUGCGGUGGCUCUCGAUUUGCUGAUUUAUUUGGCCGGCCCAUCGAAGCAGGAAACCCGGUGACGCAACGAUCCGGAAACUGGAAGGUCUCUGUCUCUCUUUCUGGCUUGAUCCACUGAGUGCUUUUGUCUUGCUGGCUGAAAACCCAGCUUCGAUACGAAAAUUACACGCCGAAAUGUGGGAAAUAAUGGGAGGGAGGAGUGGACAUGCGGCACACACCAAAACCAAAAGUAUCAUAAAGUUCAUAGAGACAGCAAACACGUUUUCCUUCGAGCUUCGAGCAUUGAGCUGCAUUGUAAUUUAAACGAAGCCCCCGGAACGUUGACCCGCUGCUCUACUACACUACAAAAACUGGCGGCUCCAUGGAGCGGAGGUCUGCAGCUGGAGGUUGGAGGCGGAGGAGGCCCAAAUGGAGACCUGCCAUGGGUCGAGGUUGCUGCGCUUCCUCGUUGCAUGUGGCUCGAGGCCCCGAAACCCCUAUAUCAAUCUGAUAUUUGCCGGUACGUAUUCAUAGAAAUAUAAUUUUGGCAUUUUCUAUUUUACAGAGAUUUAUGGAGGCGAUCAAAAAAAGUUUGGCCAACCAUUAAUGGCAGUGAUUCCAUCUUAAACGAUCCCCCAUCUGAGUCAUCAGCUGUCUGCUGCUUAGGAGUUUGAUAUAUCCAACGAUCUGGGAUCGCCAUCCGCCCCCUUUUCGCUCACCUUCAGCUCGUUGUUGCGUUUUCGGCUGGCAACUGGCAACUUGCCACUUGCAAUGUGCAACUUCAACUGGCGGCGACAGCAGCAACUUGCAACUUGCAUUGGAAAUUCGCGUCUGGGUCGUUUGCAAUUGACGCCAGUUUUGUUUACUUUGUUUUAGCCGCCUUGUUGCCCCUUUUCCAUGUGUCAUCCAUGUCCCUUACCACCGAUUUCCAUAUCUAUAGAUGAGUUUGCGAGUUGUGUAAGAGAUGCUGAUGCGGGAUUUAUUAUACCGCUCAAAUUGCACUUUCGUCUGGUGGCAUCUGCAAUUAGUAAAGUGUGGCCACGCCCCCGAAAAUGUCGCGAAAGCCGCCCCCCAUUUGCAGGGCAUCUUAAUGAGGGAGCGGAAUGGAGGAGUUUUCGCAUGUUAAUUGCAUUUUACGGGAGCUGAAAAAACACCUGCAACAUAUAGGUAUGCAGGUGUUUAGGUUGGAAAGUUGAAGUUAAGUCACCGAAUGAUCCAUAUUUAGUGUGUUAGAUAAGCAAAUCUCACUUUCAUGAGGUUGCAUUAUAGAGCUCUUUUCAAUUACUCACAUUUUUUGAAGAUUUUUUGUUAAAAUAGGUCAUAAAUUUAUUUUCUAUAAUUUUUUUCCUUGCUUAUUUUGUUUUUAAAUUAAAAUAGUGAACACUGUUUUACCGAAUGUCUUGCAGUUAAAGUGAAAAUCAAAGAUGCUGCAUAAAUCGAAUUUAUGGUGAUUGCUUUUAAAUUAAAGUUUCGCACCUAUGCUAAAAAGGAUGUCCCACUUUUAACACCCUUGUCUGUGGGUAAUUAAAAAACUGAAUAAUGACUUACGUAACACUUAGUGAUUGUUGCUGAAGGUACAUUAAAUACUCUUUGUAUUGUAUUAGAUAUAAAUCUUAUUUUAAUGAGCUACUGAUUAUGUGUAAGUGGCAAUUUAAUUGCAGUUUUGUUAAUAUAGUAGUUAAUUUUUCCUUUGAUCAACAUGAAAAAUUACCAUAUGGCAUUUUUCCUUUAUAGAUCUUCAUCUUAAUUCCAGCCUAACGAAUUGGACAUUUUUUUUGGCCAUGUUUUGGAAUGCAUUUUGGCUGCGGCAAUUUUCUGGUUUCCUGCGAUUCGUGGCUGCAUCGAAUCCGCCUUCGUCACGCCCAAAAUGAUGGAUCAACUGGCAGUGGCCAGUUUGAUCGCCUCCGCCGCCGGGCUUUGUCAUCGUUUUGGGCCAAAUUGCCAGCGAUAUCCCCCAGAUGCAGAUGCAAAUCAAAUAAUGGCAUCAAUUGUACAGCGCCGCAAGUUGCAAGUUGGCCUGAUGUUGCUGCUGCUGCUGCUGCUGCUGCAGUUGCAUUUGCCGCUGCGGAUUAUGCAAUGGGAAAGGUGCAGCAGCAACUUGUCUGGCGGGAGAUGCGCAUUUGCUAUACAAACAAAUCGCUGGCCGACUACAAACUGUUGCAGAUGCGACAAUCGAAUGGAGUUGCAGUUAUGAGUUGUCUGCACAGCAGCUUUCGCCCGCUGCCGGCUGCCUUUUGCCACCCCAUCCCAACAUCCCAACACUAAAAGAUCCCAAAAGUAAGGCCCAUCGCCUGAGUCCUCCCCCCUGACUAAUGGCGACUUCGCGACGAUGAUGCGGCAGCAUUUGGCCCACAUUGCGCCAAUGUGGUGGCUCAUACCAGAUGCACUGAGAGAAAAUACAUUUAAAUUACUUGAAUAUUACAAAAAAUUUAGGUUCCCUCAAAUAUUUAGAAAAUACUGAAUAUAUAGGCUUUAAGAAAAAUACUUUGAGGUGCCUAGUAAUAGUAUGUUUAAGGUAUAAAAUAUACCUAACAAAUGGAUCAAGUUGAAGUUCCUUUUAGAAAGUUAUACCUCGAAGUACAGAUUAAUUUACUUCGGAGCCUUUAAAUUAAUUUAAUAUUUCAUAAAACUGAAGAUCAAUGAAAUAUUUAGUAAGCACUUAAUGGAUCGGAUUUAAGAUAUGUAGGUAACUUGAGGUACCAAAUAAUACAUAGAUUGUUCAAGUAUAAUCAGAUAUUUUUUAAAAACUUAAAAUAUACCUGAUUACGAUGAAGUUCCUUUAAGAAAUAUAUAUCUUGAAGUUCAGAAUGAUUUAUUCAAGUCAGUCAGCACUUCAAAAAAUAAUACCAUGCAAAUAUUUAGAAAAUACUGAAUAUAUAGGUUUUAAGAAAAAUACUUUAAGGUGCCUAGUAAUAGUAUGUUCAAGGUAUAAAAUAUACCUAACAUAUGCGUCAAGUUGAAGUUCCUUUUAGAAAGUUAUACCUCGAAGUACAGAAUAAUUUACUUCGGAGCCUUUAAAUUAAUUUAAUAUUUCAUAAAACUGAAGAUCAAUAAAAUAUUUAGUAAGCGCUUAAUGGAUCGGAUUAAAGAUAUGUAGAUAACUUGAGGUACCAAAUAAUACACAGAAUGUUCAAGUAUAAUCAGAUCUUUUUUAAAUCUGUUAAUAUACCUGACAAGUGGUUACGAUGAAGUUCCUUUAAGAAAUAAAUAUCUUGAAGUUCAGAAUGAUUUAUUCAAGUUAGUCAGCACUUUAAAAAAUAAUACCAAGCUUUUAGUAAGUAAAUCAAAUGUUAUACAAGAUACCUUAAUUAAUAGAUACAUUUAUUUUCGUAGUUCCGAAACAUAUAAAUAUAUAUUACUAUAACCAAUAUAUCUUAUUUUUCGCAGUGCCCCAGCAGCACCUCCAACAUCUGCCAACCACACGGCGAGCGUGGAAAAUGGUUUUUCCUUUUGCUUUCUGGCAGAGCGAAGCUUUUCCGGUUAAUGUUAUGUUGCCUGUGGUUUGGUAUAAAAACUCUGGCUGCCAUCGGUGGUCAUGUCAGUUGUGGAUUCGCACUUAACCCACUAGUUAACCCAAACGGAGCGUUCCAAGCGAUGAAAGCCUUUGUGUGUCUCUUGCUCAUUGGAGCGGCCAGUGUGACGGCCAAGCCGAAGCCCGGCGGCGGAGGAGGCUGGUCCUCCGGCGGAGGAGGCGGCGGCGGUGGUGGAGGCUGGUCCUCUGGCGGCGGAGGAGGAGGUGGCGGCCAUGGAGGCGGAGGCGGUGGAGGAGAUGUGCAGAUCAUUAAAGUGAUCACGGAGAGCGGCGGAGGUGGUGGUGGUGGAGGCUGGUCCUCUGGCGGCGGCGGAGGAGGAGGUGGUGGCUGGUCCUCUGGAGGCGGCGGAGGAGGAGGUGGUUGGUCAUCCGGAGGAGGAGGUGGUGGUGGUGGCCACGGAGGCGGCGGCGGCGGAGGCGAUGUGAAGCUCAUCAAAAUCAUUAGCCUGGGAUCCGUAGGCGGCGGCGGUGGAGGAGGACAUGGCGGCGGUGGAGGAGGAGGUGGCUGGUCUUCCGGAGGAGGAGGCGGCGGCGGCGGAGGUUGGUCAUCAGGCGGCGGAGGAGGUGGUGGCCAUGGAGGUGGCGGCGGCGGCGGCGGCACCAAGGUCAUCAAGAUCAUCAAGCUGAGCUCCGGAGGUGGCGGCGGCGGUGGCCAUGGAGGCGGUGGUGGCGGAGGAGGAGGCUGGUCCUCCGGCGGAGGAGGCGGCGGUGGCGGUUGGCAGCCCGCCGGCGGUUGGGCCUAAUCCCAGCCUGGAAUCCCAGGAAGCCACCAUCGAGGCAAUCCGCGUCCACUCUUGUAAAUACUGUACAUAUCCAAGAAGCAUUUGUUUUGUUUUGUUUUUUUGUUACCCUGCCCCACAGAACUGUUACUAAAUUAAGCAUGAGACUAUGUAGCAAAUGGCAUUUGCCUGAAACACACAAUUUGUAUAUUAAAUAAAUGUACCCUAAA